AUGGACAUCAACACCCCGAACCACGAAGUCUUGAGGCCCUCUGGGUACUUCAAACAGUACAUAGAUGACCAGGUUUUUGAGGAAGUCUCUAGUUGUACCAACCAGCGGGAAGUGCUGGUCUCUGGGAACACCCUUAAAACCACUCCAGAGGAGGUGAAAACCUUCUUUGGAAUGGCAAUGUACAUGUCAUGUCUCAAAUACCCGAGGAUGCGCAUGUAUUGGGCAGCAAAGACAAGGGUCCCUAUCAUCACCAACUCAAUGACCAGGGACAGAUUCUUCAAAAUCUGCCAGUCCAUCAAAGUGACAGAUGACUUUGCCAUCUCAGAUGACCACAAAAAAGAGGAUGCACUCUGGAAGUUUGUGCCAGGCAAGCCAAAUCCUACUGGUCUGAAGGUUUUUGUGCUUGCCAGUCCCAGUGGCAUGGUGCUUGAUUUUGAAGUGUACAAGGGGAAAAACACAUUCAGAGAUAAGCAGGUGGGCAUUGGGGGGAAUGCUGUCAUUCGCAUGGCCGAAUCACUGCCAAGGGGUUCCCACCUGUACUUUGACAGGUAUUUCACAUCUGUCAAAGUCCUGGAUCAACUGAAGGCAAAUGGUCUCCUGGCAACAGGGACCAUUAUGAAGAAUCAAAUCCCUGCCAUCUGUAAGGCCAAGAUGUCCAAUGACACCAUGCGUCGGCAACAAGAGAGAGGUGCCUCCGAAAUGGUUGUAAGGAAACCAGGAACAGAGAUUGCUGUGACUAAGUGGUUCGACAACAAAGAAGUCCUCAUGGCAUCUACUAUCCAUGGGAUAGAGCCCCAGGAUAGCUGCACAAGGUGGUCAAAAAAAGAGAAGCGCCAUGUCACUGUGCCUAGACCUGCUGUUGUGGCGGAGUAUAACAACAACAUGGGUGGGGUUGAUCUGUGUGACCGCAUGAUCAGCUAUUAUCCCAUGUCAAGCCGCACAAAGAAGUGGACCGUCCGCACCAUGCUGCAUUUCUUUGAUCUGGCUGCCACAAACAGCUGGAUCCAGUACAGGUCAGACCACCAGGCCUCUGGGAGACCAGCAAAAGAGAGGAUGCAGUACUUUGAUUUCAAGCUGCUACUGGCGGAGGAAAUGCUGUCCCAGGCACAGGGUGGUGCAGACAGUGAAGAUGAAGAGGUGUCCAGUGGUGAGGAAGAUGAGGUGAGCACCUGGGGGGAUGAAGAGAACAUUCCCAAAAAGAAAAGGAGGUCUGUUAAGCCACAGCCCAACAAAGAAGUGAAGAAGUAUGGAGCACUACAUUUGCCAAAAAUGGUGGAGACAGCGAAUUCUUCAAGGUGCAGGAGAGAAGGAUGCAAAGGGAAGACAUUUGUGAAGUGUGUGAAGUGCAACAUGUUUCUUUGUGUCUCAAAGGCCAAGAAUUGCUUCCUGAUGUACCAUGCAUGA